GGGAGAGGAAGUACUGGAAACACGUGUCUGCCAGCGGCCAAGGCUGUGCUCUCUGCUCUUGAUCUGAUGCUGCUUGCCUGAAUGCAAGUAGGGAGUCGGAAAGCUGCCAAUAACCUGCCGAUGACAACAUUGUCGUGAUGAGUUUUAUUGAGUAUGGAGAUACAAUAAAAGAAGGAGACACGGCAAUUGUCUUCUUGGGACAUGAAUCGAUGUUUCCAGUGAAGGUGCAACAUGGUGGUAAAACUCAGACUAAGUAUGGUGUUAUUAGACACUCAACUGAUCUCAUUGGAAAGGAGUAUGGUUCCAAGGUGACCUGCAGCAAGGGAGGUUGGGUGUACAUCCUUUAUCCAACCCCCGAGUUAUGGACUCUGAAUUUACGCCACAGAACUCAAAUCCUGUAUUCAACGGAUAUCUCUUUAAUCACCAUGAUGCUUGAGCUGAAACCAGGAAGUAUAGUGUGUGAAUCAGGAACUGGAAGUGCUUCUCUCUCUCAUGCCAUCAUCAGGACAAUUGCCCCAACAGGGCAUCUGUAUACAGUGGAGUUCCACCAACAGAGAGCUGAAAAAGCUAUAGAAGAGUUUGAAGAGCACAAAGUGGGGCAUUUGGUGACAGUCAAGACCCAGGAUGUCUGCAAAAAUGGGUUUGGGGUCACCAACAUUGCAGAUGCAGUGUUUCUGGACGUUCCAUCCCCUUGGGAAGCUGUAGGCCAUGCCAAAUUAGCAUUAAAACAUGAAGGUGGACGCAUAUGUUCCUUUUCCCCUUGCAUCGAGCAAGUUCAAAGGACCUGCUUAGCUUUGGAGGAACACGGCUUCACUGAAAUCACUACUUCAGAGAUCCUGCUCAGAGUGUACAACGUUCGAACAAUUAGUUUGCAAAUCCCCGAUCUUGGAAAAACAGCAGAUGGCAAUUCCAGCACCGGGGUUGAUGGAGGCAGCCUAUCACAUGAAGAUGCCUUGUGUCCAAAUCUUCAGCAGGAAACUAUACAAUUUAAGAGCGGUGUGCCACUUAAGGAGAUGGUGGGUCACACCGGUUAUUUGACCUUUGCUACUAAAAACCUAUUUUAAAUACGGGCUGGGGAGUGUUUCUGCUGUAUACCCUCUGAAUAUAACUUUCCCAGCUCUCUUGCUUCCAGAGCAAUUCUAUAUAUAGUCAGAUUGAUAUUUUGUUUAAAUAGCUAGGCAGGCGCACUAACCGAAUCGGUCUUGGCAAUGUGCUGUUGUAGUAAACAGUGCUUGCCUAGUUGUCAGGUACGGAAGAUGGCCAAUAGCUAAUAGGUCCGGUUUGGAAUUUACAGGGUGAAAGUCACAGGAGUGUGUGUGUGUGUGUGUGUGUGUGUGUGUGUGUGUUUGUAUUUGACAUUUUUCUCAAAGAGGGUUUGCCAUAAAGAUUUUUUUUCAGGCCUGAAUAUUUGCUUUAGAAAUUAAUUUCAUUUUUAAAAAAUAAGAAUAUGAAACAUGUCUAGUGUGGCUUUCAGUUAAGGCCAUUAAAAAUCACAUCAUAUGGAGGAAACAUGUAUUUUAUUCAUAACCCCAAAAGAGCUUCAGAGUGCGGAGACACAUGUGCCAAGCUCUUGUCCUUAAAAGGAAUGCAUCUUUCUCUUGGAAUGUACAACUGCCUUGCUCUGCUUUGGAGCCCAAUCCUGUGAUAGGACAAAACUGCUUUCAGUUAAUUGUUAAUUGAAGGGGUUACAACAUGGCACCCAAAGUACCUGUUGAUCUUUCAAUCCAGUGUGGUGCAGUCCUGAUACAUGAGGGUGUUGGCUUUGGUCCUCAUUUGUAAAGAACAGGAGCUUUGAAUAAAGUGUGGAUUCAAUAGA